AUGUUCAGCUCGGCCCUGAAAUCCUUCUCCUCGAAUAUCAAUUCCAAUUAUUCAAUAGCAUCAACACCUAGCUCUACAUCCGGUCCUUGGAAGAUCUACGAUGCGAAGAAGAAGUUCACUGGGAAGGCCGUCUCGGUAUUUGUGUUCGAUCGCAAAUCUCUAGACUCGCAUUCUGGCUCCCUGGGAAGGUCGAGUGCUUCGUCAUUGAAAAGAGCUACGGAGGAGGUGGUGGAGAGGUUGAAGAAGGAGGCUUCGUUGCUGGCUAGGUUGCGGCAUCCAAAUAUCCUGGAAUUGGUUGAGCCGGUGGAAGAUACGAGGAAUGGCGGGUUACAAUUUGCGACUGAGACGGUGACUGCUUCGCUAUCUGGAUUGCUGCUGGAGAAAGACGAGCAGGAGAGGGCUGGUGGUGUAGGAGGGAGGUCGAGUCGAUACGUUACGGAAGAUGGAGAAGGUGGGAGACGGAGAAGGGAAUUGGAAAUCGAUGAGUUGGAAAUACAAAAAGGCUUGGAGCAGAUCAGCAAGGCGUUGGAAUUCUUGCACGAUAAUGCCGGUCUUGUGCAUGGCAACUUGACACCGGACGCCGUUUUUGUGAAUGCAAAGUCCGAUUGGAAGAUUAGUGGACUGAGCUUCUCAAGUCCACCAGAUGGAUCAACCAAACCCAGCUCAGUAAUACCCAUAAGCCUGUCCGAAACCCUGAACCUCGACCCUCGAUUACCUCGCUCUGUACAAAUGAACCUCGACUAUGCCUCUCCUGAUUUCGUGCUGGAUUCGAAUCUGAACAUAGCUGCGGAUAUGUUUUCCCUUGGAUUGUUAAUAAUCGCCCUAUACAACUCACCACAUACUUCACCACUACAGAGUAAUGCGAGUGUCUCGACGUACAAGAGACUGUUUGCAUCGUCUUCGUCAAUACCCUCUGCUAGCAAUGGCUUUCUUUCCUCUCGACCAAUCCCGAAAGAUCUUACCGCCUCAGUGCUUCCCCGUCUGAUAACUAGGAGACCCGCCCAGAGGAUGACGGCAAAGGAGUUCCAGCAAAGUGCAUAUUUCGACAAUAUUUUGAUCUCGACCAUACGUUUUCUGGAUUCAUUACCAGCCAAGACGCCGAAUGAGAAAGCACAAUUCAUGCGGGGACUCUCGAGGGUAUUGCCAUCUUUCCCCAAGUCUGUGCUUGAGAAGAAAGUGCUUCCUGCACUUCUUGAGGAGAUGAAAGAUCGGGAAUUACUAUCUCUGAUCCUGAAGAAUAUCUUUACGAUCGUGGAACUGCUACCUUCAGGACGGAGAGCUUUCGCAGAGAAGAUUAUACCAAGAUUGAACGAGAUCUUCAUCCCUGUCGGUAAUAGCAAAACACCUCCUGAGAGGGAUCCUGCAAAGGAAGCGGGCUUGAUGGUUCUAUUGGAGCAUAUUCGGGCCGUUACGAACAAUUGCUCUGGGAAGGAGUUCAAAGAUAACAUUCUUCCCAUUAUCCAUCUUGCAAUCGAAUCUCCAACACAUACCAUCGUGGACGCCGCACUACGGAGCUUACCAAUCAUCCUUCCAGUCUUGGAUUUCUCUACCAUCAAAAACGAGCUAUUCCCUGUGAUCGCUUCGGUCUUCACCAAAACCAGUAGUCUUGGAAUCAAAGUACGAGGCUUGGAAGCAUUUGUGAUUCUGUGUGGAGGAUCAAAUGACCCGGCAUCAAGCAAUGAUGGCCUCGAUGGUAUCAACAAUUCUAAUGCGAGCAAGAAAAGUUCAUCGACUGCUCUGGACAAAUAUACCAUGCAGGAGAAGAUCGUGCCUCUGAUCAAGGGCAUUAAGACUAAGGAACCAGCCGUCGGGAUUGCCGCACUGAACGUGCUACGCCAGGUGGGAGGUGUUGCAGACGCUGACUUCGUCGCGAUGGAUAUCCUGCCUGUCCUCUGGAGCAUGAGCUUGGGUCCAUUAUUGGAUCUGAAACAAUUUCAACUGUUCAUGGAUCUUAUCAAGAGCCUAUCAGCGCGAGUGGAGGCUGAGCAAACGAAGAAGCUCCAAGAGCUCUCUGGGGCAAACGGUACUCAAACCAAGGCAAAUGAUGACUUCAUGUCUUUUGGUGCCACGAAUGCUUUCAGUACCAACGGCGCAUCAGACGAUCCGGAAAUCGAUUUCGAGCGCCUAGUCAAAGGUAAUGCCGGUCCAGCAUCACCGUCAAAUCCUCUCGACGGUGGUUGGGAUUCUGGACCUGCACUAGCAUCGCCGAGAAAUGUCUCGAACCCAUCAACCACCGCUUCUUUCGCGUGGUCGACCCCGAAUUCUGCGACGACACCGAUGUCAGGAAACUCAAUGACCGUCCCCAUGAGACCUCAGCAGCCCACAUCUCGCACGAUCACCCCAGACUUAUCUCGCUUCGACACCCUGAGCCCAACAACAACACAAUACUCACAACCCCUCCAACCUCAAAACACAUUCAACGCACCAAUGCAACCUCAACAACAAAACUCCUACUCCACUCCUCUUCAACCUCAAACACCCUCUUACCAAGCACCUCAAUCCCAGACAUCCGUCAACUGGGGCGCCGCAGCGUCAAACCCCUGGGCCAGCAACACUACCACCACCUCAAACUCUCUAAAUAACAUGUCCAUCAACCAACAACGACCAGCAGCCACAAACCCCAUGAACGCAUUCUCGCUCCCACCGCCAGGCGGUCACACUCAACAACGUCCACAGAUGGGCAGCGCUUCGAAUUCCUUUUCUUUGCCGCCACCGCCGGGAGCGAAUUCGUAUCAGACAAACUCGAAUGUGGGGGGAUUCAAACCGCCGCCGCAGAGUAAUGCGUUUGGUGCUCCUCCGCAGCAGCAGCAGAUGGGAUUUGGUGCUCAGCCGCAGAGUACGCAGCAGGGACAGAAGAAGUCGGGUUUGGAUGCUUGGGAGAGUUUGCUAUGA